AUGUUGGGGCGGUUUGUAGGAGUAGUGUUAGGCCUAUGCCUUGCGGCUACAGGAUUUGCCACAAAGGCCCCACCAGCUGUAUCCAAGCAAGGGCCAAGUGGCGAUGGAGGUGCUCAGGGAGUGUGGGGUUCCAUCGUAUGCAACCCGUCUCAGAUUCCUGGCCUCACCAUAAGCCUCAAUGGAACGCCUCUGACCAGUGCAACCUUGCUGCGAGCACUGCCUCACAAGAGCUUUCCAGAAAGCUCUUCUGCGGUGCAGGGCAUCUUACCGGGUGCCUCUAACAUAUCGGCCGAAUUCCACCUGCCGCCUCUUCUGCCGGGGUCCUACCUGCUGGAGUUCCUGCAUCCGAGCCUCCUCUUCCCAAAGUACCAAGUCUCUAUUAAGGGCACUGGUAGCAGUAUCAUUGAGGUAUACUUGUUGAACGAAUACAUGGUCGCAUCAAGUACAACUCCCCUGCCGGUGCCCUUGCGGGUGGUGCCAACUGGAGUUCCCCGCUACUUCCCUGUGCAGGGAGGAUUUAACCUCUUUGAUCUUCUGCGGCAGCCCUUGGUGAUCUUGGUGCUCGUAUCUCUUGGAAUCAUGUUUUUUCUUCCUAAGAUGCAAGAGGUACAGAUGGAGGCAGAAUCCCAACUGCCUCAAGAGGAGACCCCCGAGCACCAUAUUGUCGAUGGUCACGGGUCAGAGGCCCCUGAAUCUUCCUUUGUCGAGAAGCUCAUGCGGCAUGGCGGGAAUUAG